CCAGUUCGUUUUGGAGCGUGUGUGUGUGUAAGCAAAGGGAAAAAAUCGCACCAUUUUUCUCGUGCUCUCUUGCGUGCGUUUUGGUCUAUUGGAAACAGUUUAAUUAAAAAUCGAACAAAAUAAAAGCAUGCUAAUAUGUAAAAAGUAGUGAAUUAAGUAAUAACCGCAGCGCCACAAGACGAUACCCGAUUAGCGCACAGAUCAAAGUUGUGCGAGAGCAAUUGGAAUUGCAAAUUUAAUUCGGUUCGACCGUGUGUAACUGUGUCUGUGCGUGCGUGCGUGUGAGUGUAUGGGUGAAAAAAUGAGGCGUAGUGAAAAUGCGUGCAAAACUGUCUAAAAGCCGUGGAAAGAAUGUGCUAUAAGUGAUUAAAGCGUGCGAUCGUUGAAAGUUUACUGACCGGUUAAAUUGUUAAAAAUAACUAAAAAUUUAACUACACACCGCAGAAUUGUUUGUUGUUAUAUAUAUUUAAAUUUUGUUUAUUUUCGUCGUUCGCCAUCACCGCAAUACUUUUGCCUAUCAUGUCAAUAGUUGACUGAAAAAAAAGGAAGAAAAACUGAAAUAAAAUCGGAGUUCGGAUUGGAUUUCGUUGUCACACGAACUGUUGGAUAAAAUGUGCAAAAGUGUGUUUGUCAAAUUGUUUAGCCAAAAUUAUUUGUUCACCUAGUUAUUCAGCGUAGCACGAGACUGUUUUCCUCUCCUUUUAACACAGCCCUUGCUACUUUGCUUUUGCCAUUAACCGGAACAAAGCCCAGAUACUGAAGCCGGAGGAGCUUAGCUUCAAUCAAGCCGGGAGCUAGCGAGCAACACAACAGCCAGGAGAAGGAGCAACCAAGAUCAAGCGAAAGAAAAAACAGACUACCAAGCGAUAGAAUAAUACAAUUUUUUACAACAAAUAGCCCGCCUUUUGACAUAUGAACACAUACCUACACGGCACAUACACAGCUCAACACACAGACAGAUCCUAAUCAAAAAAAAGAACACUCAAAAUUUAUAAAACCGAAAAUUCAAAGAGAUGCUGCUCAAAAUCAAUACUUAAUGUCAAACAACGACGAUCCCACAGCAUCAGCCACAACAACAGCAAUAACAACAGCAACAACAGCUAAAGCGGGAAAAGGAAGAGGAACCAUUGCGAGCUAGCGCCGAUAGGUGGGAGGAGUGACAGCGCGCUAGCGGGCGGAAAGAGACGCACACACACACACACCUGUCACUUGGUCACCACCCGCGAGAGGGCAGUGAGGAUCUCACGUGUGUACGCAUGCGCGACAUGCGCGGAUCCUAAGUGAGUGAGCGUGUGUGUGGAGCAGAUAGUUUUGCUCAAUUCGCACGCAUCCAAUAGAUCCUCAAGAAUUCAAGAUUCUGUGCAGCAAAUUCAAAAGCAUUUGAAGAAAGGAGAAGCAGUUUCAGCCAAUCAAAAAUUCAGUCAUUAUCAAAAUUCUGGAAAAGGCGAUCCGACUUUUGAGUCAAAAUUCAAAGUAAGGGGCCGAGGGAUUCAUCAUCAAAGCCAGCAAAAUGCAGAGACGCGAAAGGCAAGCCAGUGGAGGUGGCCCACAAACGACAACUGCCGGUGCAUCUGCUGGUAAUGUGGCAAAUGCCACCACAGCCCUAGCCGGUGGUAAAAGCUCAAGCAAUAACAUGUAUUCCACCCGCCAAUCUGUAAGCACCACAACCGGUGUACUUAUGGUCGGACCAAAUUUUCGUGUUGGUAAAAAAAUUGGCUGUGGUAAUUUUGGCGAAUUGCGUUUAGGCAAAAAUCUUUACAACAAUGAACAUGUAGCAAUAAAAAUGGAGCCUAUGAAGUCAAAGGCUCCGCAACUACACUUAGAGUAUAGGUUUUAUAAACUAUUAGGAUCACAUGCCGAUAACGCCCCAGAUGGCAUACCACGCAUUUAUCAUUUGGGCACUUGCGGUGGCCGUUACAAUGCCAUGGUUUUAGAGUUAUUGGGAUUAUCAUUAGAAGAUCUCUUCAAUAUUUGCGCCCGUAAAUUUUCACUUAAGACUGUAUUGAUGAUAGCGAAACAACUUCUCCACCGGAUCGAAUAUGUUCAUAGUCGGCACUUAAUAUAUAGGGAUGUGAAACCAGAGAACUUUCUCAUCGGCAGAACGUCAACAAAACGUGAAAAAAUUAUACAUAUAAUUGAUUUCGGUUUGGCCAAAGAAUACAUUGAUUUAGAUACAAAUAGGCAUAUACCAUAUCGGGAACAUAAAUCCCUUACUGGAACGGCACGUUAUAUGUCAAUCAAUACGCAUAUGGGACGAGAACAGUCGCGGCGCGAUGAUCUGGAGGCACUGGGUCACAUGUUUAUGUAUUUCUUAAGAGGUUCACUGCCGUGGCAAGGCCUUAAGGCUGAUACACUCAAGGAGAGAUAUCAAAAAAUCGGUGAUACAAAACGAGCAACGCCUAUUGAGGUGCUUUGUGAUGGACAUCCAGAAGAGUUUGCGACAUAUUUGCGUUAUGUGCGGAGAUUAGAUUUCUUCGAAACUCCCGAUUAUGACUUUCUGCGAAGACUGUUUCAAGACUUAUUUGAUCGUAAGGGAUACACCGACGAGGGCGAGUUCGACUGGACAGGGAAGACAAUGUCAACGCCCGUCGGAUCUCUGCAAACUGGCCAUGAAGUCAUCAUUUCACCAAAUAAAGAUCGACAUAAUCUUGCAAAGCAAAAUGCCAAAGGAGGUGUUGCUGCGUGGCCUGAUGUGCCAAAGCCGGGGGCAACUUUAGGCAAUUUAACACCGGCCGAUCGGCAUGGUUCAGUGCAGGUUGUGAGUUCGACGAACGGCGAACUAAAUCCGGACGAUCCCACGGCCGGACACUCAAACACGCCCAUCACACAACAGCCGGAAGUGGAAGUGGUCGAUGAAACAAAUGGUUCCUUAUAUUCCAGAUGUUGUUGUUUCUUUAAACGAAAGAAGAAGAAAUCGACGCGCCAAAAAUGACUAGACGGUGUACAAUGUAGUCCAGAACGCGAGGCAGUCACCCUGCUGCGCGCCACUUCACAUUCAAACUCACGGGAUAGCGUAUUGAAUAAUCCGAGUCAGGAUUAUAUCCAGCAGGCAACGUCGCAGCACACGUUGCGUUAUCCUCCAUCCGCGUCGAUGUUGACGCCAACACCAACUACAAACACACCGACACUUCCGUUGUAAUUACAAAAAAAAAAAAAAACAAAUUAUAAAAAAUUACACAUAAAAAGAUACAAAAAAAAACAACAACAAAAACAAAUAAAAAGGAAAACAAAACACAACCCCAACAACAAACAAAAACAAAACAAAAAAACCGUAAAUGAUUAAAUACACUAAAACAGUAAAAACA